UGUUUGCCAGGAAGGACCUUCCUUCAUGGUGGAAGCUCAGUUUAAACUUAAAUAAGUAAUUCAGUGAAAAUAAAGAAAUGGAGACAGUAUAUGAUGUUCUCGGCUUGGACUGGCUAGACUGCAGGAGUAUGUUUAUGUUUUUCUGCGUUUUCCUGCUGUUGGCUGAUUUUUGGAAGAACAGAGUGCCGAAAAACUUCCCUCCUGGACCGUGGGCUCUGCCUUUUAUUGGUGAUCUGCUUCGCCUCCAGCCUUCAAGACUUCAUCUGCAGUUCACAGAGUUUGCAGAGAAAUAUGGAAACAUCUUCAGUCUCCGCUUCCUUGGUGGAAGGCUUGUGGUCUUAAAUGGCUACAAGCUUAUGAGAGAAGCCCUGGUCCAACGAGGAGAAGACUAUGUAGAUCGGCCCUCUGUACCGUUAUUCGAGGAAUUGACUGGGAAUAGAGGCAUUGUGCUAUCAAAUGGUUAUCUCUGGAAGCAGCAGAGGAGAUUUGCUCUUCAUACACUCAGAAACUUUGGUCUGGGCAAGAAGACUCUGGAGCUUUUCGUCCAGGAGGAGUGUCGUUAUCUCACCGAGGCUUUUGCAGCUCAGCAAGGAAAGCCUUUUAAUACACAGUCACUGAUGAACAGUGCUGUGUCCAACAUCAUCUGCUGUUUGGUGUUUGGGCAUCGAUUUGAGUACACUGAUGAGAAGCACCAAACUAUUAUUCAGACCUUCAAUAAGCUCAUAGAUUUGGAGUCAGGUGUGUGGGCACAGAUGUACAGCACGGUACCCUGGCUGAUGAAAUGGCUGCCUGGACCUCAUCGGAGGAUAUUCACUUUGCAGCAGAAGUUAAUCGACUUCAUAGAAAUGAAGAUCAAAGAACACAAAGAAACCCUCGACCCCUCAUCACCAAGAGACUACAUCGACUCCUUCCUCAGUGAAAUGGGAAAGAAUGAGGACAAAGAUGCUGGUUUUGAUAUCAAGAAUUUGUGUAUUUGCACUCUUGAUCUGUUUGGUGCUGGAACUGAAACUACUGCCACGACUUUACACUGGGGGCUGCUGUAUAUGAUCUACUACCCUGACAUACAGAAGAGAGUCCAGGCUGAGAUAGAUGCUGUGAUUGGUUCAUCCAGACAUCCCUCCAUGAGCGACAGAGAAAACAUGCCCUAUACUGAUGCAGUCAUCCAUGAAAUACAGAGAAUGGGCAACAUCGUCCCACUCAAUGUGGUUCGCAGUGCAAACAGGGACACCACACUGGAUAAGUACACAAUCCCAAAGGGCACCAUGGUAAUGGCUACACUGCACUCUGUCCUGCAUGAUGAGUCCAUAUGGGAAACUCCACAUUCCUUCAACCCUCAGCACUUUCUGGACCUGGAUGGUAAAUUUAGGAAAAGAGAGGCGUUCCUUCCAUUUUCUGCAGGUAAGCGAGUGUGUCUCGGGGAACCGCUGGCCAAGAUGGAGUUAUUCCUCUUUUUCACUUCCCUUCUUCAGAGGUUUUCUUUCUCGCCACCUGCUGGUGAGCAGCCCAGACUGGAGUUCAAGAUGCGAGGCACUCACGCUCCCAAACCUUACCGCCUCUGUGCCACACUGAGAUAAAUAACUAUCCUCAUCUGAACCAUGUCUGUUUCUCAGCACAUUGAAUCACUGUUUAAAUACAUUUAUCUUGUAAUCUUAAUAAAGUAAAUGCUUCUAAAUUGUUCUUUGUUUGUAGUGUAGGUAAAACAUCAUUUUGAAGCAUUUCUCUUCUUCUCAACCUUAUCAAUAAAAUCUUCCACAUUAUUUAGAUAAUCUACUGUGCUCAAAUAUGAAAUAAAUCCUGCAAACAUUCAUGUUUUUAACAGAAUUCACUGCUCACUACAUUACUUCAUUACUUUUCACUGCUGCAAAAACAAACUCAGUUGAAAGCUCAUACAUUAUCCAUUUUUUUUGUAUCUUACUCAGACCUAAAGACUUAAAUUUCUGAUAUGGUCAAUAAUAAUCCCAUAAGGCAAACUUGACAACCAUACAAAACAAGCCAGUGGGCAAAAAGUUUUGUGUUGACUGUUGCACCAUAAAUAAAUCUCUUGCACUCCCCUUUAGGAGAGAUUCUGGAUAAAUUUUGCUUUUCUGCAUAUUAAAAUAGAUUAAAUUACCAAGCAA